AUGAGGGAUGUCAAGAAGUUCGACAUGAUCGACGAGGUGGCCGGACUCUGGCUCAUGAGGAACCUCACUCUCUACCUCUCUUUCCUGGUGAUGGUGACAGUGGACUGCCCGAUGCGGUUCCAGGCAUAUCCGUUCGACGUCCAAAACUGCUCCCUGGCCAUGACCUCGUACGAAUACAAUCAAGAGGAGCUGUCUCUGUUCUGGCUGGCCGAGGGCGUCAGCUUCUCACACCAGCUGACGGACCAGCUGCCCGGCUACGACCUGCUGCUGCUGCCCGAGGUCGUCACCACCCACCGCUGGUGCCACGACUGCAUCCUGGGUACGGCGCCCAACCUGCUCAACGUGUACGUUCCCUCGGCGCUGUUCGUGGUCGUGUCCUGGGCGUCGUUUUUCUGGCCGCCUGAGGUCGUUCCGGGUCGCACAGUCCUGGUCAUCACGUCACUGCUUACCGUCGUAUCCAUGUACGCCGCCGUCAGGUCCUCCAGCCCCCACACGGACUACGUGAAGGCGAUCGACAUCUGGUUCUUCGUGUGCAUCCUCCUCAAUGUGCUCGUCUUGCUUCAGUUUGGAACGGUGAUCACAGGGCUGUAG